GGUGGUCACACAAUUUUGUUUUUAAUGACAACAAUUAAAACAAAAAUACCCAGACAGUAAAUUUAUCAUUUGUUAAAUGAGAAAAUAAGAAACAUAGUGCCUGAUAAACAAAAGGCUUAAUAGAAAAUCUGAACACCUCUUUCCAAAACCUCUUUCCCGCCACAUUCUCUCCCUCCCUACCCACAUAAAACACAGUCAUUGUACAAGAAGCGGUUUGAUUCCCGUUUAGAGCUCUUUGCUGCCCCCAUGCGGUUGAUAUAAUUGACCUCGCAGCAGACGUUUCCGGGAUUCAGAGUCAGUCAGCGCAUCCGAAGGGAAUAAGAAACAUGUUAUAUUUUUUUUAAUUGUAAUAUGGUUUGAAAAAGUCAAGUAAGUAAUUAAUAACCAUAAUCGUCAUCGUUAUAUAACAUAUAAUUUCGGACAGACUUUUGGCGGGCAUUUUUAAAAAAAAUCAAAUUGGUCUGAGCAGCCAAUAGAAAUGUAGAAGUAAAGGGGCGUAUUUGCAUCGAGCCAAUCACAGGGAGGCGCUGCCUAUAAAUAGGAUGUUCGGCAGCCCCCAGACACCAUAACGUUUUAGUGCUUCUACGUUGUUGCAAUGGCCCGUACUAAACAGACCGCCCGCAAAUCCACAGGCGGGAAGGCUCCCCGCAAGCAGUUGGCCACCAAGGCAGCCAGGAAGAGCGCCCCGGCCACUGGCGGAGUCAAGAAACCCCAUCGUUACCGCCCAGGGACUGUGGCUCUCCGGGAAAUCCGCCGCUACCAGAAAUCCACUGAGUUGCUGAUCCGCAAACUGCCUUUCCAGCGUCUGGUCCGGGAGAUCGCCCAGGACUUCAAGACCGAUCUGAGGUUCCAGAGCUCAGCCGUUAUGGCUCUGCAGGAGGCCAGCGAGGCUUAUCUGGUGGGGCUCUUUGAGGACACCAACCUGUGCGCCAUCCACGCCAAGAGGGUCACCAUCAUGCCCAAGGAUAUCCAGCUGGCCCGCAGGAUCCGAGGGGAGAGGGCUUAGAUCCGAGGGGGUUUUAUUCACUGGGCACAAAGGCUCUUUUCAGAGCCACC